AUGCUUCCGACACCCGUCUUGUGGUUUCUUCCUUUUUGCCCUCGCGCAAUCCAACGCAGCCCCUCGGAGCAGGUGCCUUCCAUGGAUUUUUUCCGUCGUGCAUUCCAGAGCAGCUCCUCGGAGAAGAUGUCUUCCAUAGAUCGUGCCGCACUGAUUGCGUUGUUUCGUUCGACUGAUGGAGCAAAUUGGAAAUGGAAAAGCAACUGGAACACGGACGCGGGGCUAGCUACUUGGGAGGGGGUCAGCCUUAACCACGCGGGACGUGUUGUGGAGCUGUCCCUGCCGAACAACAACCUCCACGGUAUUGCAAUGUCUAGUCCGCGUUGUGAAUUCGCUCUUACUGUGCCAUCUGCUUGGUGUCGGCAUCGACUUGUCAUUGGGUGA